AUUGAAUCGGUUUUGGGAGUUUCAUAUCAAUAGCAAUGGCAAUGGACACGACAAAUGUCGGUCCAGACGUCAAGUGUACUGCUGUAUGGGCUCUGUUGUGUUGGCACUGGUAUUGCUUAUCAUCUGUGUCUCUGCCUUAACAUUUUUUAUGGUCAACCGUAACGUAAACUUAUGGGACGAGUCAUCCUCAUCGUCGUCAACACUGUCAUCAACGAUAAGCCCUAAGUUAUCACCAAAUAUUGAAUCCGAGUUUUUAGAUAAUCAACAGCGAGAGGAACGACUGGAAAAAGGUAGCAAAGUUAUACUCGGAGAGUUCAUAUUAUCCAACCGUCACUAUAGUCCAGCCCUCGACAGUCAGUCAUCGCAAGAUUUUCAGUCAUUUGCAUCAGAUGUCGUCAAAUCGAUGGACGAAAUGUUUUUGGAGAGUCCAUUGGCUAAGAUAUAUAACUUGACUCAAGUCUAUGAAUUUAGUGAGAGUGACACCAAAGUGGGUCUUGUCGUCAGAUGUCGGAUCUUAUUGAACAUAGAGCUGCUGACAGCGGCACAGGAGGUCGGCCUCACGUUUAUCAAUGCGUUGGAGAGACGACACGGCCGACUACCGGCCGGAAAUCUCAGAGUCGACAUCACGUCUAUUAAAUUUACAGGUAUCAGUGCAUGGAUUGAAAAUUGGWUAUAUUAUCAGUCAGUUGAUAACAGCUUGGGAACCGGUAGUAAUAGCCUAACUAUCGGUGCCAACAACGAUGAUAACAUACUAGUGCAUGAAAUAAAUAGUUUGCAUGAUAAAGUACUGGAUUUAAAGCAUAMUAUUGAGCCAUUACCACUGUAUAGCCGCCACCGUCACCACCAAAGUUACCAAUUUUGGUUGUAUACUCCCAAAGACUAUUAUAACGAUACUGUCAGACAACUAAUGUCUGAACCAAACAUUGCAACAAACAGUAGAUCAAAGCGCUGGACAAUGACUGUCAGUAGUGAUAAUGACACUGAUGUCGGUGCCAGUCCUAUGUCCAGUAGUGGUGUCUCCACACUGCUGACCAAAUUUGUUGAUAACAUCGGUGGUAAUAAAUAUUCUGCACGUGAUAUCACUGAUAUUAAAGGCAUGUCCGCUGCUACUAAUGAGACAAAACGAGAUAUGCCUACAAAUGGUGAGUCAAAUGUCGGUGAUAUGUCGCUUAAUGAGCCGGUAGUUAAAGCAAGUGAUGAUAUUCAUGCAAAUAAUUAUAAUACUAGUAGUUCAAGUAAUGGCYGGCCGGGCAAUCAAUUAAUGUAUAGCCGUCCUAAUCAUCGUAUUGUUAUAAAUGAUAACAAUCAGUACGAUAUGAUAGCCAAUGACGUUAUUAACAGUAAUAUCAGCGCCACCGGUGCUGCUGACUAUAGUAUCUCUGAUUAUGACUCUUACAUAACAAAGUUAAUGGAUUGGGAUCUAAAUGAAUCUUCGCGUUCAUUAUCUAUAGCCUUAUCGACGGCCAGCGCCGCCGCCACCAGUAUUGCCAGUCCUACACAGAUGGCCGGACCUGUGUUGCAUCCGCUGCCACCAUCGUUCAGUGGUAGACCAGAGACCACUAACGUUGCCACAGAUGACGUGCCGCCGACCAAUGUUUACGCCAUUUCUGGCGGCAACGCCAACAGUGAUGAUGAUAACAGUAAUAAUGAUGGAAAGGGAUCGCCGCCAGAGUCCACAAAACAAACCAGUGGACACGACAGUAUGGUAGUCGUGGAUCAUAAUAAGCCGGUGCCGAUCGUAAAGCCAACAGUCAAUAAUAAUAAUAAUGGUAUUGUCAUCAGUGGCGAUGGUUUUCCAAAUAAAGUGCCCCAAAGUGUUGUCAAAAUGCCGAUUGACAUCACUAUUAGUGUCAGUGGUAAUACUGAUGGCGAUAGUAGUGAUAAUAAUAAUAAUCACGAAGAAAAAGUGCCGAUUACUAGUGAUAACAAUGGCAGUGGUAAUGAUGGUGUGACAGCUUUUUGGUCCAACUGGUCUGAGUGGUCGCCGUGUCGUGGCCUCAACGGAAAGUGCGAUUCCGGACGAAUUCAUAGCCGAAUCCGCAAAUGUUUGGCUCAGAGCGGCGAAGUGGUCAACAGCGAUGUCUGUCGAGUCAUACAACGAGAACAACAGGAACUGGAGAUCCGGGACUGUCGUUGCGAUCAGGAACAAGAAAGUCAUCAUUUUAUGGUCAACACUACUAAUGUUACCGAUAGUACUCAUCUGUUAGAAAAACCGGACAGAGCUUGCAAUGACUGUAAACAGGACGAGAUAUGUUUGCUUCAAGUGAAGGCUGCCGUUCCGUUUUGCGCCAAAAUUAAAGACCCGAGAGAUCCGAGAGGUUGUGGCGGYUGGUGUUCCGGUCAUAAAGAAUUGUGUCGCUAUGUCGGCGCUCAGACAUAUCAAUGUGUCGACGAUUCCGAGUGUUUGGACGGCGAGUGGCAGUGCGCUAACGGUCUCUGCAUACCGGAGUCCAGACGUUGCGACGGACACUUCAAUUGUUUCGAUAUGAGCGACGAAAUGCACUGCCAGUGCAAAGAGGAUGAGUUUCAUUGUGGAAACAAGACAUCAUGUCUUCCUCUUAGCCAACGAUGCGAUGGUAUUAUCCAUUGUUGGGACGGAGAGGACGAACAAAACUGUACAAAAUUGUGUUCAGAAAAUCAAUUUACUUGUAAUUCGGGACAAUGUAUACCAAUUGAAGCAUUUUGCGACUCUCAUCGACACUGUACUGAUGGAUCCGAUGAACCCGACGGCUGUAAUUCAACGAUUGGCAACAAUGGAGGCACUAAUACUUGCAAAUCGCAUGAAUACCAGUGCCGUAAUGGCAAAUGUAUAUCCAGAAGUCAGGUGUGUGAUGGGGAUAACCAUUGCGGCGAUGGCAGCGAUGAACGUGAUUGUCGGCCACAACUACAACAACAACAACAGCGCCGAAAGCAACAACAGCUACAACAACAACAACAACAACAACACUCUUCAGGCAUCAGUCAGACAUCCUAAAGAGUUUGGUGUCUAAUACUACUAAUUA